AUGAGGUCGCCGAUCUUAUCCGGCGCCAUCUUGGGCGCGACAACUGCAUUCGCCCAGCUCAACCUUCCUUUCUCUCGCGCGACCGACAAUGCGGAGUCCUCUUCCCUCCAGCGACGUGCGUCCCUCGGUUUGCAGGGCCCAACCGGCGGUCCUUAUCCCAACUAUGUCGUCAACAUCACGGUCGGCACUCCGCCUCAAGAAAUCCAAGUUCUAGUGAGCACGGGCUCGAAAUAUACCUGGGUUCCCGAUGUCGAGUACUGCUCAGAUAGUUACUAUCUAGUCAGAAAUUGCGACUACGGUGCCCUAGUUUGGACCAACCAAUCGUCCACGUACGAGUUCUCUUCGAGUUCCUUCCAAGAUUCUUCAACCAGGACCGAUUCGGUUUACGGAAAUUACUUUCGAGACACCGUACGGGUCGGUGAUACUGAGAUUAAAGACAUGACAUUGGGUUUAGCUACCUCGGGGUCUGGGUACUCAGCACAAGGCGUCCUCGGCCUAGCCGCAGCUUCCAGCGGUCUUUCGGACGAAGCGUACUUUCUUCAACAACUCACGAAUGCGGGCAUCAUCUCGUCGCCAGGGUACAGCUUUUCAGUAGACGGCCCCAGUCUCGAGUCCGGCAACAUUCUCUUCGGUGCCGUCGACACAUCCAAGUUCACCGGGACAAUCAAGACUCUGAGCCGGACCAGGUCCUACUCGUACUCCGGUUUCAGCGUCGCCCUCAAUUCUCUCAAUGUCAGUGAAUCCUCCGACGCCGUCACCUCCGAGCCUGUGAUCAGUGCACUGUCUCUCUACCAACCAUACGUGUACAUCGAUCCCUCGUCGCCCUUGACCAACCUGCCAUCCACCCUCGCCCGGAAGAUUUGGAGCCUGGCCGGCGCUUCAGCACAGCCUUCUGCCAACUUUGCCACCAUUCCCUGCUCCGGGGCCGAGGACACCACCAAGGAGCUAGUCUUCGGCCUGGGCCAAGAUGACGAAAUUGUCCUGCGAAUACCUCUUCGCGAUCUUAUUCUACCCAGGGCAUUAUACUCGGGCAUUCUGGAUGGGUUCAGCGAGAGCAACGGAACCAAUACCUGCAUGUUCGGUAUUCAAACCAUAACUAACGGUGACGAUGACUAUUAUGACUAUGGCGACGACUACACCUACUCAUCGAACAACUGGUAUCUCGGAAGCAGCGUUCUCAAGGGAACCUACGUGGUGUUUGAUAACUACAACAACUAUGUCGGAUUCGCCCCUUCUCGCUCCCCUGACGAAGCCACCUCUUCCGACGACACCAUCGUACCUUUUGCCAGUUACGGCGCCUACAUUCCUGAAUCCGAUCUUGCAUCCAACUGGUGCCAAAGCCAAGACUGCUCCUCGGACGGGGACAGAGACAGGGGAACCGAUUCAUUUCCUGGGGGCGGUGGUAGCAACGGCGCUGUGAUUGCCGUGAUUGUGUGCGUCUGCAUUGCCGUCGUCGCUGUCAUCAUCAUCAUCAUCAGUCUUGCCCUGUUCUGCUGUCGCCGCCGGGGCUUGUGCUGCUGGAGGGGCAAGAGGAAACAAGAUGGCUCUCCUGGAUACAUAAUCGGCCCCCCUCCGGGCAUGGCCGGCAUUCCUCCUCCAACCCAGCGCGAUGGUAAAGUGCUUGUGCCCCCUCCACCCGUGGCCCUACCCGGGGACCAAGCUCUUGCUCCAGGCGCGGCGCAAAACCGAGACCUUCCACCCCUUCCCUCGCGACCCACGCCGUCGCCUGACCAAAGCACAUCCCCCAGGGGCGACGUGUCUCCGGUAAGCCCCGGACCUGCGUCUCUCGCUGAACCCGUGCCGGUGGCGCCAAUCCCCGUCCCAGCUGUGUCGGUAACCCCUCCACCCAACGAAGAACCCUCAUCAAAGCAGGAAAAGACGCCCUACCGAUAUGCAUAG